GAGAGGAGAAGACAGGCAGCUCUGAUCAGGCAGACGUGACUUGGACCACAUGGGGUCCUCAACUUCAAAACAAACAAAAUGUCGGCACACAUCAGAUGGGGUCUUCAGCGGCUACUAAUGGCCCGAAACAAAGCUCUCUUCAGGUUACCAGAUCGCUCACAGACUUCAGUAUUAAGCUUCAGAGGGCCCCCGCGUCAGGCAGGGGCAGGAACUACAUACUUCUCAGCGAGAAACCUGUCCAUCCAGACUCAAGAUACGCCAAACCCAAGAAGCUUGAAGUUCCUCCCUGGGAAACCCGUCCUGGGAAGCGGUACACUGGACUUUCCUUCUCCGAGCUCGGCUGGAUCCUCAUCUUUAGCCCGGGACCUGUUUGAAAUUGAGGGAGUAAAAAGUGUGUUCUUUGGCCCGGACUUCAUCACUGUCACCAAAACAGACGAGGAAGUGGAGUGGACGGACAUUAAGCGUCACGUUUUAGAUGCUAUUUCAAAGUUCUUUGAGAGUGGGGAUCCGAUAACAACAGGAGCAGUGCAUCAUGAAAGCAGUCUUUCUGAAGACGAUGAUGAUAUUGUAGCUAUGAUAAAGGAGCUUCUGGACACCAGAAUAAGACCUACAGUGCAAGAAGAUGGAGGUGACGUCAUCUUUAAAGGUUUUGAGAAUGGCACAGUGAAGUUAAAGCUGGUUGGAUCCUGCACAGGGUGUCCCAGUUCGACGGUUACACUGAAAAACGGCAUUCAGAACAUGCUGCAGUUUUAUAUCCCAGAGGUGGACAACGUUGAGCAGGUGGAAGACAAAGUGGAUGAAAUUAAUGCAAAGGUUUUUGCAGAAGUGGAGCGUAAGCUACAAAAAUAAGAACUUCCUCAACAGACAGCGCGGUUAUGGACUCUGUCAGAAGAAAAAUGUCUGUAAACACAUGAUAGAACAGUGUUCCUGUUGUUCAUCGUAGUGGGUCAAAAGCUUUAAGGGAGAAAAUUAUUUCUAGAUCUUUGUUUUGCCCCCAUACAAAAUAUUGUAUCUGUAAUUAGCAUGCACAUACUGUGUGCCCCUAUUCCUACAGAAAUGUGAGAUACUGUAUACAGAAAACAGUUUUUUUUUUGUUUUUUUUUUGCUAUGGUUGUCGUAAAUGUUGUAUUUAUUUCUUAUAAAUGUUGUACAUUAAGAAAGAAUAUUUUGCUAAGAUGAUGAUUUUGUGAACGUUGAUGACAAUGGUUUGUGUCUUCCAGGAAAAUGUAACAGUUAUUUCCAUUUGCUACUGCAUUACACAUAACAAAAGAAAGUUAAAGAUAUCAUUACAUUAUUUAAUUCAAUUAAAUGGUGGGAAAUGGAUUAAAUUACCUACUGCUAGGAAGUAGGUUUACAAUACGACACUUGAAAGGAUAUUUACAUGCAUUGUGCUCCACUCUGUAGUUUUACUAUAUAACAUUAAAGUUCAUUUUGACUUUG